UCAUCAUUGAUUUUUCUGCUGAGGUAGCCGGGCGAAGUGAAAUUUUUAAAUUGCGACUGUGAUUGAAGUUGUAAAGUUUACGAUUCCAAUUUACCAAAAAAUUUAAUCUCUACCCACAUAGUUUCUAGUGUUACUGUUUGUAACAAGCAACGCUUUUAAGAAAACUACAAAAAACAGGUUAAAAGUUUGACAAAUUUUACUGACGCAUCAUGGCGACCAAAGAUGUGAAGUCUUUCUUCUACGAGUGGUGUCAAAGGAAUAAUAUUGAACCUGCUUUCGAGGUUCGGCCGACUGGCCCCAAGAACCGUGCUAGAUUCUUGUGCGAAGUUCGCGUAACUGACAUACCGUAUGUCGGUGCCGGUAAUUCUACCAACAAGAAAGACGCCGAGCGGAACGCUGCUCGUGAUUUUCUCAACUAUUUGGUACGGACGGGAAAGCUGGCCGCAUCGGAUGUUCCCUCUGAGGGUCCCGAUUCAAGCGGUCCAGCAAUGGGUGGUAACAAUGCAGGACCUCCUAAUUUGAUGAGCGUCAAUCCGGCCAACGUUUUCCAACAAGGAAUGGGUCCGUCCGAUCUGGGUCAGGCUUACAGGCCGUACGUCCGCCAGGAUCGAAACGAAUACGUUCCAUCAAAGGAGGAGUUGGCCGAACAGGAAGCUAAUAUGGAGUCGGCUGAAUCGUUGGAUGUCAACGCUCGCAUCCACGGAAACUGGACUAUUGAAAAUGCUAAAGGAAAACUCAAUCAGUGGUUACAGAUGAAUAAGUUGAGUCCGGAGUUCAAAUACACGUCCGUCGGGCCCGAUCAUAACAGGAGUUUCAUUGCGGAAAUGUCUUUCUACGUCAAACAGCUACGUCGUAACAUAACUGGACGUGAGUCUGGCUCGAAUAAACAAUCGGCUAGCAAAUCCUGCUCGCUUUCGUUAGUUCGACAACUGUUUCAUCUGGGAAUCAUUGAGGCUUUCACUGGUUCCAUGAAAUCGGCAAAGAAUCAAGAGCAGCUGAAACCGUUCAAAGUUCGUAUAUCGCCAGAGCUUGAACAAAAAAUUGCACAAAGUCUGCAGGAAAUCGGUAUUCAACCGAACAAUGAAUACCAACGAGCGAAUGGGCCUGAUCCAAUUAGUUUGUUACAUUCGGACGACGAUGUGCACUACAAACCCCAAACUAUGAACCUUAAGCAGCAGGCUUCGGUUAUCUCGUGGUCUCCGCCGCAACCCAAUUGGAAUCCGUGGAUUGCCUGUAACAUUGACGAAGGUUACUUAGCCACGGCUUCGCUAGAACAAUUGAGUGAUGAUUUGUUGAAAGCUUCUCGGGACCGCUUGCAGCAGGAUUCUGAGCUACAAGAGCGUAUGAGGGAUCGGGAAAAAUUACCGAUUGCUGCUAUGCGAAGCCAAAUUAUGGAAGCCAUUAAUGACAACCCGGUGGUAUUGAUUAGAGGGAAUACGGGCUGCGGUAAGACGACCCAAAUCGCUCAGUUUAUAUUGGAAGAUUACAUUAACUCCGGGCAGGGUGCCUAUUGCAAUAUUUGCGUUACACAACCCAGAAGAAUAAGCGCCGUCAGUGUUGCAGAACGCAUUGCAAACGAAAGGUGCGAGAAUUUGGGUGAGGCUGUCGGAUAUUCCGUUCGAUUUGAAUCCGUGCUUCCGAGAGCUUUUGGCUCAAUAAUGUUCUGUACGAUUGGUGUUCUCCUGAGGAAGCUUGAGGCCGGAUUACGUGGCGUUUCCCACGUUAUUGUUGACGAGAUCCACGAGCGCGAUGUUAACAGUGACUUUAUUCUGGUUGUUCUAAGAGAUAUGUUGCAUACUUAUCCAGAUCUGAGGGUUAUUCUUAUGUCUGCAACCAUAGAUACUACACUUUUUUCCGAAUAUUUUGGUAACUGCCCAGUAAUUCAAAUCGAAGGCAGAGCAUUUCCCGUAGAACAGCUCUUCCUAGAAGAUUGCAUUGAAAUGUUGGGGUUCGUACCUGCAAUGGACAGCAAGAAACGUAAGCGCAGCGGCAAAGAUGAUGAUGACGGUGAAGGAGAGGGAGAUGCUAUGAUCAAACUGAGCGGUGAAACCGACACUUCGAACAUGAAUGCCGUCAUCGAUGAGCGCAGAUAUUCUGUUCAGACCAAAAAUGCAAUGGCACGAAUGCCGGAAGCCGAAGUAUCGUUCGAACUUAUCGAAUCAUUACUCGGUUACAUUGAUCAACAAAAUGUCCCAGGAGCGGUGCUUGUAUUCCUUCCGGGAUGGAAUCUUAUUUUUGCUUUGAUGAAAUAUCUUCAAAGUAAACCUCAAUUUAGCGGGCAGAAUUGGAUGAUUCUACCAUUGCACUCUCAGCUUCCACGAGAAGAUCAGAGGAAAGUGUUCCAUCAUUUUGGCAAUGCUCGUAAGGUUAUCCUUGCCACUAACAUCGCGGAAACAUCGAUCACCAUUGACGAUAUUGUUUAUGUGAUCGAUAUUUGCAAAGCGCGUAUGAAACUGUUUACGAGUCACAACAAUAUGACUAGCUAUGCUACUGUCUGGGCGGCGCGCACAAAUCUUGAACAAAGAAAGGGUCGUGCAGGUCGUGUCAGGCCGGGCAAAUGUUUUACUCUUUGCUCUCGGGCACGUUUCGAAAAACUCGACGAACACAUGAUUCCGGAAAUGUUCCGCACACCCUUACACGAAUUGGCCCUUAGCAUAAAAUUGCUUCGAUUGGGCUCGAUUGGACAGUUCUUGUCCAAGGCCAUCGAACCUCCACCGUUGGAUGCCGUCAUUGAAGCAGAGGUGUUGCUGAAGGAAAUGAAAUGUCUAACACCGGGCGAGGAGUUGACACCGUUUGGUCGCAUUCUUGCUCGUUUGCCGAUUGAACCCCGGCUGGGUAAAAUGUUAAUCUUAAGUACGCUAUUCAGCGUUACCGAUCCUGUAGCAGCUGUAGCUGCAUAUUCCGGUACAUUUUCGGAAAUUUUCCAGUUGGACGUCGGUCAACGUCGCCUGAUGACGCAUCAAAAAGCACUCAGUGGAAAGAAAAAUUCUGACUAUGUGGCCAUGUUGACUGCUUUCAGGAUGUGGUCUGAAAAACGCCAACGGGGUGAAGAAGCAGAAAUUUCAUUCUGUGAAUGGAAGGGUCUCCAGAUGCCGACACUACGUGUGAUUUCAGAAGCCAAGCGGCAGUUAUUGGAUUUGCUGGCACAGACAGGUUUUCCCGAAGAAUCUAUGAUCGAACAUUACUUCAACCAGGAUGAUGACAACGAACCCAACCUGGAUAUGGUAAUGGGAUUGCUCUGUGUAGGACUGUAUCCGAACGUUUGCUUUCACAAAGAAAAGCGUAAGGUGCUGACCACUGAAUCGAAGGCGGCACUCAUCCAUAAGACUUCGAUCAAUUGCAGCAAUUUACAAGUAACAUUCCCUUACCCAUUCUUCGUGUUUGGCGAAAAAAUUCGAACCAGAGCAGUUAGCUGUAAACAGAUGUCUAUGGUUUCGCCCAUCCACAUUCUGCUAUUCGCUUGUAAAAAGGUUGAAUGGGUUGAAAAUGCGGUUCGUAUUGAUGAUUGGAUGAAUUUUGAAAUGGAUCCCUAUCAAGCUUCGUUAAUAGUGACUGUGCGGCCGGUUCUUCAGGAACUCCUAAUCAGAAUUUCGGAAAGCCCCGAAGAUGUUAACCAAUUGGAAGACAAAUUCCGCAAUCUAAUCGACGUAGUUAAAGAGUUGUGCACAUUCACUGCAGGAGAUUAUGAUGUCAAGCGCGACGUAGGACUCACUCCGCUUGAUCAAGCACGGGCUAAUUCUAACAAAUUCCCGCGAGGAGGAGGUGGCGAUCGGUUUGGACCUCGCUCUGGUGGAGGCUUCGGUGGUGGAAGUGGCUUCAACAGUGGUGGAAGUGGCUUCAAUAGCGGUGGAAGUGGUUUUAAUAGCGGUGGUGGCGGUGGAUUUGGAGGUAAUCGAGGAUUCGGUGGAGGUAACCGAUUUGGCGGAGGUGGCGGUGGCGGAUUCCGCGGGGGAUAUGGACGUGGUCGAGGAGGUGAAGGACGCCGUUGGUAAACAUUUUACGUACUGUCUAGACAUUUCACCUGAUUGAAUUAGAACCUCUAUAAAUCAAGAAUUAUCGUUUAAUAGAACGAUAUGUCUACUGAAAGAGUUUUCAGCGAAUAAAUAUAUGAUAUCAAUAAAAAAA